UUUUCAAUGUAGAUGAAAGUUUACGGUUUCAGAUCCUUUUAUUUAGAGCGAUUUAAAAUGAUCAUUAAUUUUGUUUUACUUUUUUGUUGCAUGUAUGAUAUAUAUACGUUCAAGACGUUUCAAAAUUACGCGCGCUGCUGGUUGCUUUUUUUUAAACACCUGUUUAUACUGCAAUGGCAACACUGCAAGUUUAUUGCACCUGCGCUCUGUUUUGCAGUGAAAGAGUAUAGCGUUGUCUCGGGUGUGAUGCGUUUCGUAUGCAAAAAGAAUGUAUCGUGGUAAACAAAAUUAUAUUAGAGAGAAUCCAUUCUCAGGUUCAUCUGACGAUGAUAAUGGCUAUGUUAGUAAAAUAGGUUCAAGCACUCCAACUAGCGAAUUCGAUGAGUCGUUUCAAGCGAUGUGUGAAAUUUAUGGGCAAACACCUCCGAGAACCCGACUCAGUCGUAAGAAACGGUAUAUGAAACAAAAACUCAGUGGAGGGGAAACAAAAUCGUUAGAAAAAGAUACACCAUCGAAGUUUGCUAUUCGCAGACGCAAUACUUUAGACAAUAUAAUUUUCAACGAAAUGUGUGACAAAGCAGAUAAGGAUUGUGAAAACGAAGUAAAUCAAGAUAUAGCAAAGGAAGGAAAUCGAAAAUGUAAAAGAACGUUGAAGGUAUUGCGUGGAAGUGAAAGAGAUUUAAAACUGGAUAUAGACGCAGCUUAUAAUUAUAACGAAAAGUUUGAUCUUUGUCAAGUAUCAAGUACCCCUAAUCACAUGAAGAUUGAAACUCGAAAUAGAUUCCGCAGUCUGCGAUCAAAGCCUGUUGAUAUAGAAGAAAAAAAACCUGAAGUUAAACCUACUGAACAAGUUGUAAUUAGUGAUGAUAAGAAAUCAUGCAUCGUAGAAUCACCAAAAACACUGAGUCUCAAAGAACGGGAACUAUUUCAUGAUACAUUUUCAUUCUUAAUUAAGUUGGGAAGUACGGAACGUAAUUGUCGCCGACAAAUGAGUCAUGAGGAAACGCGAUGGCAAAACGAAUUGAAAGAUUUAGUAUGGCUAGAAUUACAAGCUCAUCACGCUGAUAGGAGUCCCAUGGCUCAAGAUGAGUAUCUAUGUAAACAACGCGAGGCUGUGGAAGGUUUACUUAAAGAAAUAAUGGAGUAUAGAUAUGAUCCUAUUGCAAGUCUAAAGAAUAAUAUAUCUUGGAGUAAUGUUAAUACUACGUACCUGGAUCGAAUCGCAAAUGUAGGAUCUAGUCCAAAUAUAGAAUUAAGUGUUUGUCCAGGUUGCCUUUCAAUGUAUUGUAGAGCAUGUGCACGAGCUCAAGGUGAAGCAUUACAGCAAGUAGAAGGAUUACUGACUAGAUUAGAGGCAGCAGAAGCACUUUAUCCUUCGUCACAAGCCUUUGCUGCACAUUAUCCUUUAUACAAAAGUACAGAAUUUACUGGUAGAGUAAAAGCAAUGUGUCUUUGGUAUAACAUGACUAAGCAUCAUCGACUCAAACUGCAAAUAUUGGGAAAAUUGUUAAUGAUGUCGCAUACGAAAAAAAAACAUGAUGAUACUGGUGAUUCUGGAAUAAGUUCACGAUCGUCAGAUUCUAUGGAGCAUAAGCAAACUUUAGUACGAUUUGAAAUAUCAAACCAACAAGAUGAAAAUUCCAGUCCUUCAGAUAGCAAUAAUAGUAAUAACUCUUCUGGUUUAUCUUUUGUACAAUCCUGGCCUUCUACUCCUGAAUCGUCAUUUACAUGCAUAGAGGAUGACAAAACCGAUAGAUUUGACUUUUAUUUAGUUGAAUUCGAUCGGCAAGCAUACAGGAAAUACAUCGAAGAUGUAUUGAAGACUAGAGGUUUAAGAAAAAGUCUAAAUUUUCUUGAGAGAUUACAUACUUCUGUUCUAAGAAAAGCAAGACUGACAUUAGAAAAAAGUGAUGUAAGUGAAUCUGAUAAUACUUUAAAUGAGGAGUAUGAAGGUGACAUAGAAUUGCGACGAUAUGGUGUAUGGAGUCCCGAAGCAAAAGAAUUGAAUCUUCCAUCUUAUAGGGCUGCUUUUGUAUUUUUGUCUCAAGUUCCGUUAGAUGUUGUUCAUGAAUUUUUAAGAAUGAGAUUAGAACAGAAACCUGAACAACCUAGCCCAUUAUCAGUUCGACAACUUAUGCGAGAACUUAGAGAAGGUCUUAGAAUUGCAUGUAUUCAUCGUGACAGAUUUGCUGCUCAUUCCGACGCAGCAAUUGCUAGUAGUAAUGAUAAUUGCGAAAAUUUAUUUCAAGAAAAUGUGAAAGAUUUUGACGAAAGUUUAAAAGCUGUUUUCGAAGUAUAUCUUGAUUAUCUACAACAAUGGGUUGAUAUGGUACAGCACGACAGUUUCCACAAAAAUUUGAUUAUGGAUGAAUGGAUGUUUGUAAAAUCAAUAGCAGGAAAUAUAUUAAAUGGAUAUGAGAUUGCAGGAGUUAAAUUUUGUGAAAUCAUAAAAACCAUGAUUGAACAAGUUAAAGAAUAUCUUAACGAGAGACCACGUGAAAUUAAGGAAACUUUUGAGGAUUGGAGUGAUGAUGAAUGGUCAAAUAGAUUUCAGAGAAUGUUUAUAGGACGUGAGUGGCAAGGAAUGUUUGUAGAGGCUCGAGAAAAGGUGGUUAAAGGUGUUACACUUGCUAAGUGUUUAAAAUGUAACAUCGAAAGUUGGUCUACUUUCAACAAAGAGUUAGAGAAGUCAUUGACAGCCUUAAAAGAUACAGUUAUGGAUCUCAGACUUGAUAUUACAAAUGUUAUUGAAAAUUUCCAACAUAAUCUUAAAAAAGUAGAAGAAUCAAAUUAUGAGUAUGAUCGAUCUGUUAUGCGUUCAAGAAUAAGAGAAGUACUUCAUCAGGCCUACCGAAUGGGCUUUGAUUAUCAUAAAGAAAUAUGUAAAUUAUUUGCAUUUGAAGAAAAAGCUGUUUUAGCUAGAAGUUUAGUUUCUUUCGCUUUUUUGUGGAUGGAAUUUGUUAGAACACGCUGUGAACGUGGAAGAGGUUUAAGACCUAGAUGGGCAAAUCAAGGUUUAGAAUUUUUAAUUACAGUAUGUGAACCACAUAAUACCAAACAUUUAACUGAUAAAGAAUUUGAGGAAUUAAAAACCUGUAUGGAUCGUUGUAUUUCACAUGUUGUUGGAAGUGCAAAUACUGUUACAAACGUUGAAACAGAAAAUUUAAAAAGAUUAUCUCAUUCAAGGGCAUCUUCACCUUCCCAUAGAAGCAAAGCUGCAAGUUUAAGUGUUUCUCAAAAGUCUAAAGAUAAUAUUAAAUCUUCAGAUACUCCAGUCAGUUCUAAAACAAUUUUUUCAACAAGUGUAGUUGAUGGAAGUGUAGGUAGUAGUAUAAGUAGUUCCGAUCGUACUCUAUCUAGGCAAGAAAGAAUCAAUCGCGCUAUAAGAAAAGUAGACUGUGAUAUUGACGAUAGAUUAAAAAGCCGAGAACUUAUAGGACAAGUUAUAGACAGAAAAGCUGUUGAUAGAGUUCGUAUUAAAGCGAGAAGAGUUACGUUUACUUGGCAAAGAGGUAUUAAAAUAGGACAAGGGAGAUUUGGUAAAGUAUACACCAUAGUCAAUAAUCAAACUGGUGAAUUAUUAGCCAUGAAAGAAGUUCAAUUACAACCUGGAGAUUAUAGAGCAAUUAGGCGCGUUGCCGAAGAGUUACAAAUAUUUGAAGGAAUUCAGCACAAACAUUUAGUACGAUAUUAUGGAUUAGAAAUUCAUCGUGAAGAAAUGUUAAUUUUUAUGGAAUUUUGUGCCGAGGGAACGUUAGAAAGUCUAGUAGCGGGUAGUGGAAAUGGUUUACCAGAGUCAUUGGUUAGAAAAUAUACACAUCAACUUCUUUCAGCUGUGGCAGUACUUCAUUCGCAUGGAGUAGUACAUCGCGAUAUUAAAUCUGCAAAUGUUUUUUUAACGGAUGAAGGUAACUGUUUAAAACUUGGUGAUUUUGGAAGUGCUGUGCAAAUUAAAGCACAUACUACUAUGCCAGGUGAAUUACAAGGUUUUGUUGGCACACAAGCUUACAUGGCGCCAGAAGUAUUUAUGAAAUCAGAAAGCAAUGGUCAUGGUAGAGCUGUUGAUAUUUGGUCAGUUGGUUGCUGCGUUAUAGAAAUGGCAAGUGGACGAAGACCUUGGUCAGAUUAUGAUUCUAAUUACCAAAUUAUGUUUAAGGUGGGAAUGGGCGAAACUCCAGCAUUACCAAAAAAUCUUUCCAUUGAAGGUAUUGACUUCAUAGAGAAAUGUUUACAGCAUGAUCCAAAAAAAAGAUUAACGGCAAGUGCUUUACUUACACUACCGUUUACACAAACAUAUGAAGACGUUAACGCCGACUUGUCUGUACCGAGACAAUAAGCAUAAUAAGAAUGUAGAAUCUUUCAAUCUGAAAGUAUAAAGUAUCUUAUAAUAUUAUUAUUGCCUGCAUCAGGUUAAAUGUACUAACUAUUCACAUACUUUUAUCGUACUAGUUUCGUUGAUUAUAUUGUAUUCUAUAUUUUUAUCAUUUGAAAAAGUACAAAAAUCGAGCAUCUAAAUAUUGGAUAAUAAUAUGAUUCUGUAUAAUAAUAUUAAGAUAAAGAUGUUUUAGAAACAAAGAUAUUUUUUAACGUGAAACUUAUAUUUUUAAUAUUAUAAAAUAUUUAAUAAAAUAUAGUGCACUUGAUGCACUAUUAGUUGACAUAAGUAAAUUUUUAACAUUCCUACCUUUGAGGAAGAUACUUGCAAUAUAGAAGAUAAAUUGUUCGCUUCUUUUUUAGUUGAGCAUUGUACUGUGAUUGAACUAAACACUUGUAUUGUUGAAAGACGUAAAUAAAAGUAGAAAAUGGUGUCAUAA